UGUGAUCAUGGCAGCUUUCGUCCGUGGUUGUUCUAUUACUGUCCAUGGACGUCAACCACCCGGGUUAAUUCGUUUCAUAUGACGAGAGCGAGCAUUACGACCGAUGAAGGAGAAGAGUGCGCGUUCAUGAACGACUGCAGAGGUUGGUUUAAAGGGGAGGUGUGUGUGUGAGAGCCGGUGGAGCGAGGGUGCGCUCGCGGUGGUCGUUUACAUUGAAGGCUGUCUGUCACCGCUGCAAACUGGCACCGAGGCAGCGCUGAGAGCCUGUCAGAAGUGAUUCCAGACGGCCAGGAGGACUAGUCCACACUGCAGCCUCUCAGCAUGGGAAACCUGCAGCUCUCCACAGGUCUUGUCAAGACUGAUGCACCCACAUCUAAAGAAGUCAACAAAGGGAAGUUUGUUACCAGAAGGAUCCGCAAUGGCAUCAUUUAUUAUUACACUCCAAUCACAGCAUGCCAUGAAGACCCUCAGACCCCCACAGCUCUAUGUCCAAUCUCAUCCCUCCCACCUUCUCUCAGUGACUCCAGCUCUGCAGAUGCUUCAUCUCCAUUGCUUUCAGAAAUAGCCACUUCCUCAGAAAAGCUAUCAUACUCUAGCUCCACUUCCCGUCCCCUUCUGCUUUUCUUUUCCUGGCUCGGGGCCCAGCCAGGGGCUGCGGCCAAGUACAGGGACCUCUACCUGGACCGUGGCAUGGAUGUUCUCCUAGUCCAGAGCAGUGUAUUGCACUUUCUGUGGCCUCGGUGGGGGCUCAGGUACGGGUUAGAGGUGUUGAAUAUUCUUGAGGAACCUCCGUUCUCAGGGAGAGCCGUGCUGGUCCAUGCCUCCUCUAUCGGUGGCUUCACUUUUACCCAAGUUCUCACCCACAUUGCUCAGGAGCCAAAAAAACAUGGGGGUCUGGCACAGAGGGUGGUAGGCCACAUCUACGACAGCCUAGUGGUCGGAUCGCUGGAGCACAUGGCGACAGGGCUUGGCAAGACUCUGGUGCCAUGUUUAGAAGGCUUCAUCAAAAACACCGCCAUGCUUUACUUCUGGCUCUUUAAAUCCCACACGGCAGACCUCUAUGAGAACAGCAUCCAGGUUUUCUACAACAGCCCAGUUACUUCCCCAGCGCUCUUCUACUCCAGCGACAACGACGUGAUGUGCAACCCUGCUGUCCUGGAGAAGCUGAUGGACUUCUGGAGGCGGAGGGGGGUGGCGGUGGACAGCAGGAGGUGGAAGGAGUCUACGCAUGCCGCCCACCUGCGUUGCCACCCUGAGGAGUACCUCUUCACGCUGCAACACUUUCUGAACUCGCUGCCCAUUUCCUCCAUCAAAGCUAAAAUGUGAACUGCUGGGAAAAUUGAAGUUUGUUUGAUAUUUUUAAAACACUACACGUGCUAUGAUUUCAAACAGAAGGCACUUUGAUCUCUUUAUCCUGUAGCUUGAACUCCGCUUUUAUUAGUGGUGUAAAUAAUUUUAUUUUUCCCUUUUUAAGCAUUGUUUUUUUUUUUUUUUUAACAAAGUUCUGAGCUGUAAUUAAUACCAACUAAGUAUAAGUUUAUGAACUGAUUUUAUUCUUUGAAAAGAUCUGUUGUCUGCACUUUAUGAGAAAUAAAAAAAAGAUGUGAUGCUGGAUGUGAUGGUGCCAUCGGAGAAAAAGGUUACUGGUCUGCUGGUCUGUGGAGAAAGAGGAGGGUGGCUGGAUGCCAAAGGCCGCCCAUUCAAAGUUGACUGAAGGGGUUUUGUUGUAGUUUACUGAACUGGGUCUAAAAGGGUGGAGCCUUAAACAAGGAGUUAUAAAACUGGUCGCAUACUGGAACCAGUGGAAUUAUGAAACAAUAGGCCGUUGGAAAGAGAUGGAGAAGAUAGAAGAGA